UUUCGUUAAGGGAGGGGAGGAGCCAGCCCCAGCUGAGCGGGAGGCCGGAAGCAGCGGCGGCAGCGGCUGGGGGGAGCUGCCUACACAAUCUUGCGUCCCCCACCACCGGCUUCGUCCCCUCUGUUCUAUGGAUCCCGAGGUCUCUCUACUGGUCCAGUGCCCGCUGGGCGGGCUUGUUGAAGAGCAGGUGAGAGCAGAGUUGAGCCCAGCUUAUGACCGGCGCCCACUGCCUGGUGGGGAGGACUCCAUCGUUGCUGCUUGGAACGCCCGCCGGGAGGCCCAGCCCUGGCUCUUCGAUGCUCCCAAGUUUCGACUGCACUCAGCAGCCCUGGGGCCCCUUGACCCUGGAGGGUCCUGCCUGAUGCUUCGAAUGGGCCUCACCUCCUACCAGGACUUCCUAGGCACCAACUGGGCUAGCUCAGCAGGCAGGCUUCGGUGCCAGGGGAAAGCCGACUGGGGAGAUGCCCAAGCCUACUUGGCAGACCCACUGGGAGUGGGUGCCAUGCUGGCCACCUCGGAUGGCUUCCUGGUCUUUCUACGCCGAUCUCUGAGGGUGGCUGAGGCCCCUGGGCGGAUAGAUGUGCCAGGGGGGCACCCUGAGCCUCAGGCCCUGUUUCCUGGGGAGACGCCCCAGCACGAUGAUCUGCCUGAGGACCUGGUGGUUCCAGAGCUGUUCUCCUCUAUCCUGCAGGAGAUCCGGGAUGAGGUGAACGUGCCUUUGUCGACUUUGAGCCGUCCACUCCUUCUGGGCAUUGCCCGAAACGAGACCAGUGCGGGAAGGGCCAGUGCUGAAUUCUAUGUCAGCUGUAGCCUGACCUCUGAGCAGGUGAGGACCCUCUACAUGACUGGAGGACCGGAAGCUCAUGAGUCCACUGGCAUCAUCUUCAUGGAAAUGCAGAGAGUCAGACACCUGCAGGAGGAAUCUGAAGCCUGGAGCGAGCUCUGUCCCUCCGCCAAGGGCGCCAUUUUGCUCUACAACCUGGUCCAGGUCAGGCCGGCCUGAGGAAAGCUUCUGCCUCUUGGUAUCCUGCACUCCUUUCUCAGCUCACCUCCACCCUUCUGCCCUGGACUGUAUGGACAAUAAAGGAUUUAUUCUUGGA